AAAACACGCCAAAAUCGACGAAAUCGAGAAGGAAAGAACCGCACACAUUUGCACAGCGGAUUCUUCACUUUCUGUGUCUGCGUCUCUCAAUUUACAAUUCUCUCUCUCUCUGUCUAUUUCUUGGAUAAUCGAACGGAAACAACGUGGUAAUGAGCGCGCCGACGACCUCAUCCUCCACCGACGAGGACUUUGCGAAGCCCGUGAAGAAUGGAAAAACCUUCGCAAACCCCAAAUCCUUUACCAACUGGGGUGGUAUUCCGGGAAUCAGUGAUGGAUUCAAAUUUGCAUUCACCGAAACUAACCACGAAAAUGUGCCAUGUGACAAGAAGAUUCUUGACGUCGAGAUUCCGGUGCACAACAUCACCGCAGAUGAUUUCCACAGUGAAAGUGAUCUAUUUGCGACGUGGCUUGGACACGCUACGGUACUAGUCGAUUUGGAAGGUGUAAAGUUUGUGACGGACCCAGUUUGGGCUGAUCGAGCGUCGUUUACGAGUUUUGCUGGACCGAAGAGAUACAGGCCACCACCGAUGAAGUUGGAGGAUCUGCCGGAUUUGGAUUUUGCAGUGGUGUCGCAUGAUCAUUACGAUCAUUUGGAUGCUGACGCGGUGAAGAAGAUCACAGAUCGCAACCCCCAAAUCAAGUGGUUCGUUCCGCUGGGAAUGAAGAAAUGGAUGGAAGGCCAGGGCAUCGGAGUCGACGGAUCCUCCACCGCUGUCACCGAGCUCAACUGGGGAGAGAGCUCAGAAUUUGUGAAGAACGGAAAGACCUACACCAUCUGGUGUCUGCCUGCUCAACACUGGGGACAGCGUGGACUUUUCGACCGGAACCACAGAUUAUGGUCAGGCUGGGCGGUGAUCGGCGAGAAUCGGCGAUUCUAUUAUUCCGGAGAUACUGGUCACUGUGACGGAGAGUUUAAGAAGUUUGGCGAGAAGCUUGGACCUUUUGAUCUGGCAGCUAUUCCAAUUGGAGCAUACGAGCCCAGAUGGUUCAUGAAAUCCCAGCAUAUCAAUCCGGAAGAGGCGAUUGAGGUUCAUAAACUCAUUCGGGCUAAGAACAGUAUUGGAAUACACUGGGGAACGUACCAUAUGGGCUCUACUGAGUACUACCUGGAGCCACGUGACAAGCUCAAAGAGCUUAUGGAUGCUCGGGAAGAUCUUAAGAACACGAGUUUUGUCACAAUUGAAAUGGGUCGAAUUUGGGAGGCGUCGGAUCAGUGAUAAACUACGAGGAAUUUGAAUUUUUAUUAAGAAUGAAGUAUUUAUUUGG